GUGCAGGAGAAGUGCGACUAUGAUCUUGUCAUGCCCCUGGCUCUGCUCUUCUACUACGCGGUCCUGUAUGCUCCCCACUUUCCGCCGGGCUGCGACCUGCUCCCGAAAGCCGCCAGCGUAUACCACAGCUUCCUGACCUGGCCCGUGCCCUACUGCGACAUCUUCCGCGAGCUGCUCACCUUCAUCAGCGACGAGCUCAGGGCCCCCGGGAUCUCCUUCCAGAGGCUGGUGAGGACGGAGCAGGGGUUGCCCGUGAAGAACUACAAGAGCUCCACCGUGACGGUGCUGCUGCUCAACCGCUCCGAGGUGCAGAGCGAGUUCCUCUCCAUCGCUGAGAAGCUGAGCGCCAGCGAGCACCCGCAGCGUGCCACGCUCGCCGUGCUCCUCGAGCACCUCUACCAGGCCAACUUCGGCACCCGCUGCGACCUGGACAGCCUGCACCACCUCCUGAAGACACUGGAAGAGCUCUCGGAGAUCUACGCCAGCGCCGCCGACGCACAGGAGAUUGCGGCCGCCAGCAGCGACCCCGUCCCAGCCCGGGAGCGGCUGCAGUCCGUCCUGCGGGACAUUGCCGGGGACGCGUCCUUUCCUGCCAUCGCAGGCGAGGCGCAGCCCCGCAAGCUCCACACCAUCCCCAUCCCCGCUGCUCGCUGCUACACUUACAGCUGGGAUCAGGACAACUUCGAUAUCCUCAACGAUGUCCUCAGCAAGGAGUGCAGCGUUGUCGAGUCCAUGGCCUCUGAGAACGAGGAGGAGGACGAAGAGGAGGAGGAGGUGGAAACUGAUGGCUGUUCCCCCGAGCGGGACUCACUGCUUUCCCCCAUCUGCGCCAUUUCCAAAGACUCUGUGUACUCGGCGCUGUCAGAGGAGGGAUCUAAGCCCUCGCGAGUGUCCCUCUUCACCACCUCCAAAGACUCCAUCUCGGAGCUGACAGUGGUCUCCAGAAAGUCCCUGAAGUCGUUUGUCUCCAGCCUGAAGGACUGCAUGGACAGCGGGUACGCGGAGGACAGCGACGAGAGCUCCCUGGACACGGUGGGGAGGCCUGAGCUGAAGGUAGAGAAGACCCACCACAAAUACAGACACACGCUGACCAACAAGAUCUACAAACUGUUCAAAAGCAAAAGCCAACUGGUCUUGAGGAGGGACCUGAAGGACUGCCCGGACAUGGGCUCGCUCUCACUGCCCCUG